AUGCCGAAGGACAGGGGAGAGCAUGAAAGGGAAACUGAAGCAAGACAACUAAAUACUGAGGGAAGAAACGAGGAGGAAAAGGCGACGACCGUGGGGGGAGACACCCAAGGGACAGAAGCGGCGGUAACGGCAACACUCGAGGAAAACAGGAUAACGGUGUGCAUUGGACACACAACGACAUGCGAGGAAGAGACACCCCGUCAGAUUCCGCGGGUCACGUAUCGACAGGUGAAGGCCGAGUGGGGACAGCAGAUCAAGUUGGAGAUACAGCCGAGAGAACUGAGCAGAGUUCGCGUCGGACUGGUCCGUCAUGCAUACGCGCCGAGAAAGAAACACACAGAGAUAGUUUUCGCACUCCUCAGGACGCAUCCAUUUGCGGCAUUCUCGCUCUCCUGGACCCGCAGCAGAGGCAGCUUCACGACGUCGCUCAGCUUCUUCGGGGACGGUAACGAAAUGCAGAAGGACCGGCUCCGCGUGGACGCACACCAGAGAACGGCGGCCGGCUCGGCGGCAGCCAGCGCCCCUCCCAGGGGUCGGCGAAGGCCUGGCAAAGCGCAGACGGCUCUCGGAGAAGAGAACCGCGCAGACGAGGCAGAGGGAAGCAGCUGGGGGGAAGAAGGAGAAGGCGCCAAGCUCGGAGACAGGCGAGACGAGACGGAGCGCGCAGGGGAGCCGGAGGAGGCAGAGACUGCAGGCGAUGAAAGCCAGCUUCGCCGCGCCUGCUGGAGAAAAGGAAAAAUGCGCGACACCAAACGCCUUUCCUUCGCAGGGGAAGCGAGCAGAGCUUCGCUGCGAAAGAAGACAUGCGCGAUCUCCAUGUCCUCACUUCGAGACACACAGAGAAGAUGUCGGUGGAGAGAAAAGGAGAAGCUGAGAGAGGGAGAACGGAGGAGACAGCAGAAGGGAGAGCGGUGGGGAAACAAAGAGCGACGCAGGAAGACAGCGAAGGAGGAGCGCGGCCGGAGGACGAAAACGAGAGAGCAAGGUUGUUCACAAAGAACAACUCUCUUUUACUUUCGGCGCCGAUCUCUCGCUGCCUUCCAUCGUCCUCAAAACUUUGCGCUCACCCUUGUCUCCUGUCUCUUCUCGCGACCGGACGCGCGUCUCGCUUCGGAGAAGAAGACGGAAAAAGCGGAGAGAGGCCAUACAAUGUCACUGAAUCUGCAGGAGCGGCAGGCAGCCGCUCUUCAGGCCAUGCUCGCUCUCGUACCACAGCGAGCUUCGAGCGCCUUCACCCAGACAGACGCUGCUCUCCCGCAAGCCUCGACGGCCUGGAAGAUUCUGAUUUUCGACAGUGCCGCAAAAGAUAUUCUCGCCCCCCUCAUGACGGUGGGGAUGCUGCGCCGACAAGGCGUAACUCUGCACCUGCCGCUGAAGUCUAGGCGCUCGCCAGUUGUUGAGGCGCCUGCCGUGUACCUGGUGUCUCCGACUGAAGAAAACGUCCAGCUUCUGCUUGAAGAGCUGCACCAGAAACUCUACGCUUUCUACUUCUUCAACUUCACAGAUCGGCUCCCAGAAGAUCUGAUGCAGCUUCUCGCGCGAGGCGCUGUCGAGGCGGGGAUGGUGUCGCAGGUCGUGUCUGUCGUCGAUCGCUACGUGGACUACGUCUGUCUGUCGCCUUCUGAAUUCUCGCUUAAUAAACCAGGAAUUUACUCCGUUUUAAACGGGAACUCUUCAGACGCUCAGAUCGAGGAAGCGAUGACCGCCGCUGUGAACAGCCUUUUUGGAGUGAUCGCCACCUUCGGAGUUGUUCCGUUCAUUCGCUGCCCUGCUUCCCCGUCUUCUCCCGCCCGGAAUGUCGCAAUGAAACUCCAGGAGAGACUCGCGACUCUCCCUCACCACGUUCACACGCAGAUCUUCGGGAACUCGUCUUCCGCGCUCCACAGGCCGUUGCUGAUUCUUGUGGACAGAGAAAUCGACCUCGCUGUGAUGGUGCGACAUACAUGGUUGUACCAGCCGCUGCUCCACGAUCUCCUGGGACUGAGGUUGAAUCGCGUGAGUGUACCGGUCGACACGAAGGAGGCCGCAGCAGCCCUGCGGCCGCCGCGAGUGAAGACCUACGACCUCGAGGCGCGAGAUCAGUUUUGGCAGGAGCACUGCGGCUCUGCCUUCCCAGAUGCAGCGCUUGCCGUCAGCGACAGCCUCGCGGCGUACAAUGCGAAACUGCAGGAAAUAAACUCACAGCAAGGUGGAGUGGGCAGCACAGACCCAGAUGCCUUCGAUGCUUCAGGUUCGGCGCAAGGCAUUCUGACGGCGGUGAGUGCGUUGCCGGGUCUGACAGAGAAGAAGCGGUCGCUGGACACCCACACAAGUCUGGCGACAGCGCUCGUGGAUCACAUCAAGGCUCGAGGCCUCGACAGCUUCUUCGAGACGGAGCAGAACUUCGACACAGACCGAGAUCCUGACGCCGUCUCGAAUGCGAAGAAGCUGAUCGCACGGACUUCGCCGGGAACUGCGGUGGAUAAACUUCGACUCCUCGUCGCCCUCUUCCUCAGCCGACCUUCGCUGCCACCCCAACAGAUUCGCCAGCUCGAGGAAUUUCUAAGACAGGAGACCGGCGGUGUCUCUACGGCCGCUCUUGACUUCCUCAGAAUGCAGCAAAGCUUCAGAACUCUCCAAACCGCCACCCAGUCUUCUCAAAAUGGGGGAUCGGGACCAGGAGGCGCCGGGAGCCUCGCAGGUCCGGGGAGUGUGGGGUCUGCCGCCCAAGCGGCCGCGGCGACUCUGGGGACCAAGUUCUUCGACAAAGGACGAGGCCUUCUCAUGGGUGUCCGAAAUCUUCUGCCUGUGAAGAAGACGCUGCCGCUCGCGCAGGUUGUUUCCACGCUGAUGGAGAACAAAGAAGAUUCCAAUUUUCUCUACGUGGAUCCGCGGAGGGACGCGGCUUCGGGCAGAAUCUCUGCGGGUGCUGCGCCUGUGGCUCUUCGAGCGCCUUUUCGGCAGGCCAUCGUUUUCGUCGUUGGAGGGGGUUCCUUCGUCGAAGCUGCUGCGUUGCGCGAACUGGCGCAAAAAACGCAAAGACAGAUUCUGUACGGCACCACGGACUUUGUCUCGCCGUCCGACUUCCUCGACGAGUUGACGCGCCUCGGCGGCGGCACAGGCCUCAGCGGUGGGGUCCCCGACGCAGGAACCGCGUCUUAAGAAAGGCGAAAGAAGAUGGAGAAGAAGUCCACGAAAGGCGAUGCCGGUGAAGGAGAAAGACGAAAGGAGGAAGACCGCGGCAGAGAUGUCGAGGGCAGAGGAGUUCGGAAAAAAGAACCGACAGAGAAAGCAGGGACGAGCUGACGACGACUUGAGACGUUGGCAAGAGAACGAAGAAAAAAGAGAGACAGAGGAGACAGAACAAGACCAUAUAAGACUGCGAAAAAAAGGGGAGAGGAUUCGUCUGUCUCCAUUCUACGCGGUGGCUGCGAAGACCGAGGGAAGAGUUUAAAAAAAGGAGAAACCAAAUCCCUGGGAGGCGAGAGACUCUUUUUCUACGGAAUGCCGUGCGGCGCCCCUGCUCUGAAGACUUGUUCACUGACUAGUUUCCACCUCGAAUGGAGAAAGAAGAAUUCGCAUAUCAGCGGCCGCUGUAAACAUGGGAGCUCCAGGCAGCUGUUUCGCCUUCUUCGAAACUGUAGAUCUCCCGCCGAAAUAUUCACA